AUGUCGGAGACAAAAAAGUCGGAAACCUCGAAUGAAGAUACUUUUAUUGGUAUACAAGUUCCACCAAAUGCAAAGUCUAAAAAGUCCUUUGAUUCAUCGGUGGAUUUCAUCGACGUUACAAAAGAAGCAGACAACCAACCGCCCGAAGUAAAGCCCUAUAAAACGUGGAAACAAUACUUGGAAGUAGCGGUUUGUGGUAGCUCUCUCUUAUCAGAUGGAUACUGUCUCAGCAGUAUCGGUAUGGUGAUUACUAUUCUUAAAAAGUUGUACCCAAAGGAAAGCAAAGAGCAUCACAACAUCAAGCAUAUUAGCACAGGUUCAUACAUCGGCACGAUUGUCGGUCAACUAUUCUUUGGAGUCUUCUCCGAUGUACUUGGACGUAAAGCUGGCAUGAUUACAUCCACUGUUAUAUUAAUUAUUGCUACUGCUCUUUGUGCAGGAGCGUAUGGUUAUCACGGAAGUAUUAACGGCAUGAUGCAAGCGAUGAUCGCAUAUCGCUUUUUCUUGGGAAUCGGGGUUGGUGCUGAAUUUGUUUGUGGUUCCAUCUCGGCUUCGGAAAGUUCUGCUGAAAUUCGUUCUGGUAUCCGCCAUGCCAUCUUUGUCAUUGUAACGGACACUGCUACUGUUGUUGGACAUGUCUUGGGAGCUUUGGUACCUUAUAUUUUGGCAUGUAUAUUCGGUCAAGAGCAUUUAAGGAUCGUUUGGAGACUUUCGAUCGGUUUUGGUGUUAUUCUCCCGAUUGUUUUUUUGAUUCUUCGACUUCGCAUGAAAGAAGUUAAAGCCUAUACCAUUCAUCGAGUAUCGAUUAGAAAAGUCCCAUGGCUUUCCGUUGCCAAAAUGUAUGGACCACGACUAUGUUUGACUUCGAUCAUCUGGUUUGCAAAUGAUUUGAUUGUGUGUGCAUUUUCUCUUUACUCAAGCUCGAUUAUUAAGAGCUUAUUGCCCAGUGAUGCUUCCAUAGCAAGAACAUUUGGAUGGACAGUACUGAUUCAAGCAUUCAGCGUACCUGGGUCAUUGCUUGGUGCAUACUUCAGUGAUGUGAUUGGGCCAAAGUACUGCCUUAUUGUAGGCAUGGUAUUGCAAGGGACUGUUGGGUUUUUCAUGUCUGGAUUCUAUCCGCAACUGAUUCGAAAAAUAGCAGGCUUUUGCGUCCUUUAUGGAGUCUUUCUAAGUUUAAGUGAAUUUGGUGUUUUAAGUAACAUUAGGCUUCUAUCAGCAAAGACUUCGCCUACUCCUAUCAGAGGUCUCUACUGUGGGAUUGCAGUGACAGCUGCAAGAUGUGGAGCUAUAGCAGGCAUUUAUGUGUUUGGAGGUGAUCAAUUGCAGAAGUAUUUUUAUGUUGCUAGUGGGAUUUAUUUCUUUAUUGCUUUUCUUUCCUUUUUUCUUCCAAAUGUUGGACAAUCCUGUGUUGAGACAGAAAACGACCGAUUUUUGGAAUGUUGUGUACUUGAAGGAAUUGACCCGAAAUCGUUACGCGACAAUCCUGAUUUUUAA